UUGGAAGAUGAAGUUACUUGGGAAAAUGAAGUGCCUUUUCCAUUAUUACCCCAAAAAUGCAUCAUUUUUAUCUUUCUUCAACUCCUGUACCACUCACCACCUACCUGUCACUACCUUCCCUCAAAACCCACAAAUUCUUUUGACCACCUUAUGCUCCAAUGGUCUGCUGAAAGAAGCUUUGAUAGAAAUGGCGGCUCAAGGCCUUGAAAUGAAGUUUGAAGGCUACGAUAUGUUGUUAAACGCUUGUAUAAAUAGAAGGGCAUUUAGAGAGGGCCAAAGGGUCCAUGCCCAUAUGAUCAAAACACAAUAUUUACCUCCUGUUUACCUCAGAACCCGGAUGAUCGUUUUUUAUAGUAAAUGUGAUCGUUUGAGGGAGGCAAGGAAUGUGCUCGACGAAAUGCCUGAGAGGAAUGUGGUUUCUUGGACUGCUAUGAUUUCUUCUUAUUCUCAAAGAGGGUUUGCCUCUCAAGCGUUGGAUCUUUUUUUACAGAUGUUAAGAUCAGUUACAGAACCAAAUGAAUUUACUUUCGCCACCGUGCUUUCUUCUUGUACGGGUAUUUUUGGUUUUGAGCUGGGAAGGCAAAUCCACUCCCUUGUAAUCAAGAGAACUCUUGACACUCAUAUAUUUGUUGGGAGCUCACUCCUUGACAUGUAUGCCAAAGCUGGUAGAAUUCAUGAGGCUAGAGAGGUUUUCAAAAGCAUGCCGGAAAGGGAUGUUGUUUCAUGCACUGCCAUAAUUUCAGGGUAUGCUCAAUUAGGGUUAGAUGCAGAGGCAUUAGAACUAUUCCGAAGAUUGAAUUUAGAAGGAAUGACUUCAAAUUAUGUUACUUAUGCUAGUGUUCUAACUGCGUUAUCUGGGCUUGCAGCAUUAGAUAUUGGUAAGCAAGUUCACAACCAUGUACUCCGAUGUAAUCUGCCCUUUUAUGUGGUACUUCAGAAUUCUCUGAUCGACAUGUACUCAAAGUGUGGGAACCUCGUCUACUCGAGACGGAUAUUUGAUAACAUGCCCGAGAGAACUGUUAUUUCAUGGAAUGCAAUGCUUGUGGGGUACAGCAAACAUGGGAUGGGAAGAGAGGUUUUGGAGCUUUACAAAUUGAUGAGAAAUGAAAAUAAAAUAAAACCCGACAGUAUCACUCUGUUGGGUGUUUUGUCUGGCUGCAGCCAUGGAGCGAUGGAAAAUGUGGGAUUGAAAAUCUUUGAUGAAAUGGUAAAUGGGAAAGAUGAGGUUGAGCCUGACAUUGAGCACUAUGGGUGUGUUGUGGAUUUGCUCGGUCGUGCUGGUAGAGUAGAAGAGGCUUUUGGAUUUAUUAAAAAGAUGCCUUUUGAACCAACUGCUGCUCUAUGGGGUUCACUUCUAGGUGCUUGUAGGGUUCACUCAAAUCUCGACAUUGGUGAAUUUGUAGGCCGUCGUCUGCUAGAAAUUGAGCCCGAAAAUGCUGGAAACUAUGUUAUUCUAUCUAAUCUGUAUGCUUCUGCAGGGAGAUGGGAAGAUGUAAGAAUGGUGAGAGAUUUGAUGAUGAAGAAAGCUGUAAAGAAAGAUCCCGGAAGAAGUUGGAUUGAGCUUGACCAAACCCUCCAUUCCUUCCAUGCAAGUGAUCGUUCGCAUCCAAGAAGGGAAGAGGUGUUUGCGAAGCUGAAAGAGUUAUCAAUCAAAUUCAAGGAAGCUGGCUAUGUUCCUGAUUUAAGUUGUUCUUUACACGAUGUAGAUGACGAGCAGAAGGAGAAGAUACUACUAGGCCACAGUGAGAAAUUGGCAUUGACUUUUGGCUUGAUUUCAACCUCGGAUAGAACCUCGCUCCGUGUCAUUAAAAACCUCCGGAUUUGCGUUGAUUGCCAUAACUUUGCCAAGUUUGUUUCCAAGAUGUAUCUGAGAGAAGUUUACUUGAGGGACAAGAACCGGUUCCACCAUAUUUCGAAGGGAGUUUGUUCCUGUGGAGACUACUGGUGAUGUCUGAAGUUCUCAAAGCCGAAAACGAUUUCGGCCAACUGAUAGUUCACAGGAAGGGUCCUUGCCUGCUAAGAAACAUUGUCAAUGAAAUUUGAAGAGGUCAGCGGAUUCGAAACAAAAGCAGGGAAU